AUGGAUUCUUGCUGUGCGACCAUGAGGGCCAAUGCCCAACCGCUUAAAGUUGGAAAAGGGGGUCUUAGGAACCAAGGUAGUGGGUUCUGGGGUGAGAGUGUCAGGGUGGGUCUCAAGAGCAGAGAUUUGAGUGCUCAGUUGUUGAAAAGCUCUAAAUUUGAAAGCGGAGCUAGAAAGCUUAAGCCUGGUGUGGCUCACUCUAUUCUUACAGAUAUCAACCAAGACAGUGUGACAUUUCAGUCACCACUUUUUGAGACUCCAAAAGCAGACCCCAAGAAUGUGGCUUCUAUCAUUUUGGGUGGAGGUGCUGGAACUCGCCUGUUUCCUCUCACCAGCCAAAGGGCCAAGCCAGCGGUUCCAAUUGGAGGGUGUUACAGGCUGAUUGAUAUCCCGAUGAGCAAUUGCAUUAACAGUGGCAUAAAAAAGAUAUUCAUCUUAACACAAUUUAACUCUUUUUCCCUCAAUCGUCACCUUGCUCGUACUUAUAAUUUUGGAGAUGGUAUGAAUUUCGGAGAUGGAUUUGUGGAGGUUUUGGCUGCAACUCAAACGCCAGGAGAAGCUGGGAAGAAAUGGUUUCAAGGAACAGCUGAUGCUGUGAGGCAAUUUAUAUGGGUCUUUGAGGAUGCAAAGAACAAAAAUGUUGAGCAUAUACUGAUCUUAUCCGGUGAUCAUCUUUAUCGGAUGGACUAUCUGGAUUUUGUGCAGAAGCAUAUUGAUACAAAUGCUGACAUCACAGUUUCAUGCAUUCCCAUGGAUGAAAGCCGGGCAUCAGAUUACGGACUCAUGAAAAUUGACCAAUCAGGACGUAUAAUCCAAUUUGCUGAGAAACCAAAAGGCCCUGACCUAGAAGCAAUGCAAGUUGACACCAGUAUUCUAGGGCUUUCAGAGCUGGAGGCUAUGAAAUCUCCUUAUAUUGCAUCAAUGGGUGUUUAUGUGUUUAGAACUGAUGUCCUACUAAAGUUAUUAAGAUGGAGCUACCCUUCUUGUAAUGAUUUCGGCUCUGAGAUUAUUCCAUCAGCUGUGAGGGAACACAAUGUCCAGGCAUAUCUAUUCAAUGACUACUGGGAGGAUAUCGGAACUGUGAAGUCUUUUUUUGAUGCAAACUUGGCCCUCACAGAACAGCCUCCAAAGUUUGAAUUCAAUGAUCCAAAGACACCUUUCUACACUUCUCCUAGAUUCUUGCCACCUACAAAAGUUGAAAAAUGCAGGAUUAUAGAUGCAAUAGUUUCCCAUGGUUGCUUCUUGCGAGAAUGUAGUGUUCAACACUCUAUUGUGGGUGUGCGCUCACGUUUAGAGUCUGGUGUAGAACUUAAGGAUACUAUGAUGAUGGGUGCGGACUACUACCAAACUGAAUCUGAGAUCGCAUCUCUUGUAGCUCUAGGAAAGGUUCCAGUUGGUGUUGGAUCAAAUACCAAAAUCUGGAAUUGCAUAAUCGACAAGAAUGCGAAGAUAGGAAGAAACGUAAUGAUCACAAAUGCUGAUGGAGUUGAAGAAGCAGACAGGGCAGAGGAAGGGUUUUACAUUCGGUCUGGAAUCACAGUUGUACUGAAGAAUGCAACCAUUAAAGAUGGAACUGUCGUUUAA